AUGGUGGUUCUUCAGCUUCACUCCAUUAAUGGGUUGUUGUUUCAGUGCCCAAAGAAGAGCUCAGUAACUCACAGAAGAGCCAUAGCUCAAAAAUGUCUCUGCUUGCAAACACAGACCCUUCCCUCCAAAACCCAGAGGAUAAUGGAGAGUUUGCCGGUGAGUAGUGAAGUUGGUGGUGCUGGUGGAGCUUACUCAUAUAGUGCUUUGAAGAGGUUGGAUCAAGUUUGGUCUAAGAUUUGCUCUGCUAAAACAGUUGUGGAAGAACCAAAGGAAGUGGUUUCGAAUUUUCCUGGUUUGCUUAGGAAUUCUGAUCUGGCUGACAAAGCGGUAGAUACAUUUGAUGUGUUGAUUUGUGGUGGAACACUGGGGAUAUUCAUAGCAACAGCAUUGUGUGCCAAAGGUCUUCGAGUAGGCGUUGUGGAAAGAAAUGUGCUACAAGGGAGGGAACAGGAGUGGAAUAUCUCGAGGAAAGAGCUCUUGGAAUUUGUAGAGAUUGGAAUUCUUGCAGAAGAUGAGAUUGAACAAGCUACUGCCAUGAAAUUCAAUCCUAACAGAUGUGGAUUUGAGGGGAAGGGUGAUAUCUGGGUUGAAGACAUUCUUAAUCUUGGUGUUUCACCAGUAAAGCUUAUAGAGAUUGUGAAGAAUCGUUUUAUUUCUCUAGGUGGAGUCGUAUUGGAAGGCUACAGUAUGUCCAGCAUUUCCAUUUAUGAAGAUGCAGCUCUCUUGCAACUCAGUGAGGGGAAGAUUUUGUCAUCUCGCCUCAUCAUUGAUGCAAUGGGGAAUUUCUCUCCAGUUGUAAAACAGAUAAGAUCCGGAAGGAAGCCAGAUGGAGUAUGCCUUGUUGUUGGAUCAUGUGCUCGUGGAUUCAAGAAUAACUCUGACAGUGAUGUUAUAUAUAGUAGUUCGUCAGUAAAGAAGGUUGGAGCCUCCGUAGCACAAUUCUUUUGGGAGGCAUUUCCAGCUGGUUCAGGCCCUACAGAUCGUACGACUUAUAUGUUCACUUAUGUUGAUCCUCAACCCCAGUCUCCAAAACUGGAAGAAUUAUUAGAAGAAUAUUGGAAAUUGAUGCCUGAAUAUCAGGGAGUCUCUCUUGAUGAGUUGGAGAUACAGAGGGUUCUAUAUGGUAUUUUCCCUACAUACCGUGACAGCCCGCUGCCAGCAGCUUUUAAUCGUGUUUUACAGUUUGGUGAUGCUAGUGGGAUACAAUCACCUGUUUCAUUUGGUGGUUUUGGAAGCUUGACUAGACACCUCAAGAGACUGUCAACAGGAAUAUACGAAGCAAUCGACGGCGAUUUUCUUGACUCACACAACUUGUCUCUGCUAAAUCCUUACAUGCCCAACUUAAGUUCUUCAUGGUUGUUUCAAAGAGCAAUGUCAGCAAAGGAACCGUCUAAUGUUUCACCAGAUUUUAUUAAUGAGCUUCUGUAUGCCAAUUUUCAGAGUAUGCAGAAGCUUGGAGAUCCAGUACUCAGACCAUUUCUGCAGGAUGUUGUACAGUUUGGACCUCUUACUAAGACGUUAGGCCUAGUCAUGUUAAAUAAACCUCAAAUUAUCCCAUCAAUAUUCAAGCAGGUUGGAAUUCCUGUACUUCUUGACUGGUCUGGACAUUUUUUCAUGCUUGGAUACUAUACAUUACUCUCAACCUUUGCCGACCCUGUAGUAAGGCCUUUGUUGAGUCAAUUACCACCGGAGAUGAAGUAUGGGUGGCAGAGACGUCUCGAGGCUUGGAAAUAUGGUGCUGGUUUAGAUUACAAGCUUUGA